AUGGAGCCCCUAUUACCGGAUGAUGAUAUGAACAUUUUCAUGGGCAACAUGAACCAUCCAUUUAUGGAUGACACUAGGAACGAUUUCUUGAACAACUUAAAUCCUUCUCUUUUUGGAAACCCUUCUUCAGAUAAUUCUGACACUGGGAAUUUACGCGUUAACUCUCAAUCGAAUCCUUCAUUGAACAAUUUGAGCACGACUACUCAAAUGCAACAAAACUUCGAAAAUGAAGGUUUAAACAAUCUCCAUGUUCCUACUCGUGUGAACUCGACUGAUCAGGAACCAUCGCAACAUCCUUUUAUCUCAUCAGACUUAUUACCUGUCCAAGAACCCGUUUUACAUCCUUCUUCAAUUCCUCCAUUUACAGAGCAGGAAGCUACUAAUCCUUUGCAGAUAGCAACCGAUUGGGAGGGUAUGCAUAACGAGCCCAAUUUGGAGAAUGCUCAAACAAGUAUGCGUAAUGAGGUCAAUUUAGAGAAUUCCGAAAGGGGUAUGCAUAGUGAGCCCAAUUUGGAGAAUUCUCAAGUAGAAACAGGUUUGGGAACACAAAGGCUCGAUAAGAAUAAGGGGAAACUUUCUGUUGGGCUAAGCAGACCACCCCCAUCUGGUUGUAGUGGUUGUCAAAUGUUGAGAGAAAUUACCCAUCGCAGAGGCUCUCUUGUUAAGAAACUACAGCUUCAUGGUGAAUUAUUACGUGGACGUUUUUUUCAUGCUCUCAGUAAUGUUUUCGACGAGGAUACGACUGUAGUUUUAGAUGCUGAAAAUAUCGAUUUAUACGAUAAAGGCUACAAGGACGUGGAAAAGUUCCUUUCGCAAUAUUUCAUCCAGCAAGAGCAAGAGGGAUGGAGCAUGUAUGACGAUCCGCGUGCAGUUUUCUUUAAAGUCCUAUGCUUUGGGCCUGGUGGCAUUCCGACCGGUGAAACUGCGAAUACCAGUAACCGAGAGAAAAAUCCUGUCCCGCCCACAGCACGAGUCUUAGCUAGUGCCCCUGCUGAAGCUGCGAAUACUAGUAACCGAGAGAGAAAUCCUCUCCCCCCGACAGCACGAGUAUUAGCCACUGCCCCUGCUGAAGCUGCGAAUACUAGUAACCGAGAGAGAAAUCCUGUCCCCCCGACAGCACGAGUAUUAGCUACUGCCCCUGCUGAAGCUGCGAACCGCAGUAACGCUGAAGCUGCGAAUACUAGUAUCUCUCAGGCGGGGCAGGUUGCAGCUACUGGCUCUCAUGAGGCAACGAACCCCAACAAUAGUGGGAGACGUUCAAUCAAUCUUAGUGAACAGAGAAAGAGAAUAAAGAUGAUGACGUUCAAUGAUUUAAAACCGUUUUUCGAAAUGCUUAGAAAGGAUGCAGCCAGGAUGUUGAAUUUGUCUGAAACUGUAUUGCAUAACAUAUUUGAUGAAGUAACAGGGAAAAAGGGUAGAAGAUGGCCUUAUAGAGAGAUUACUGCCAAUAGGAGGAAAAUAGCUAAAUUGACUGCUAUCGCAGAUUCAACUGAUAAUCCAGCUGCAAGGGAUCGAGCUAGAGAUGAAAUCCGGACGUUGGAAGAACAGAUCGAUGCACUUUAUCGCCCUUGA